AUGGCAUAUGGGUUACGAACAUGGAUGCCCUUUGGCUUGGGGGUGUUUAUGGGACUUUUUGUAGCUUUUUUACUUUUUACCUCAAGCGAUCUUGAACAGGACUUGAAGGUAGAGGAUGUUGGGGAUAUUCAGAAGUUUGAGCAUUGGAAAGUACAAGUUCAGAAACCGGUUUCUAUUGUUGUACCAAAUCAAAAUAAUCAAAACAAAGUAGGCACCUAUUGCUGCUUUUAAAUGUAGUAACGUUGUUAUAAAACUAAAAUGAUAAAAAUAAAAUAAUAUUAAGCACAAUAAUAUGUAUUAUGUAUGUUUUUGAAAAUUUUAAUGAAAACAUCUUAUUGUAGGUAGUUCGAUCACGUUUUGCAGCUACAGAACUGGGAAUACGGGAUAAGCUUAUUCUGAUUGUGUUGGCCCAGAGUGCGUUGAGUGUAGCCCUAAACGCUUCUAUUGGGGAGCAUGUUCCCAGAAUGCAGAUAUACGCAGAUGCCUCGAGGAUUGACACCGAUAUGAGUGUUUUGACAAAUCUGAUACCAUAUCGACUUAACGGGUUAACAGGUCAACGAGCCCAUGUUCACAUCCUCAACUCAAUAGCUGAUCAGGUAGGUAUGAACUGUUCCGAUUGAAUUGUCAAUUUAGGCGUUACAAGACAAUUAUGAUUGGUUUUACUUCAUUCCCGAGACAACUUAUGUCAACCCAUUUGAACUGAUGAGGUUGAUAAAGCGGCUCACAUGGAAUAAACAGAUUGCCUUAGGUCAGCCUGAUAGAGAAGGAAACUGCAUUUUAGAAGCAGGGAUUCUGAUGUCAAAUACAGCUGUGCAAUCGCUACUACAGUAAGUUUUCGGUUUUAUGGUUGAUACUUCCGUAUUUUUCAAAUUUCUUAGUGGAAGGAACUAUAUGAUUUUUUGUAGGCAACGACAUCUUUGUCAAACCAUAGUCGCAUCCAAUGAUCAGCAAGCCUUUGAAAUGUGCAUUCGCUUAACGACAAACCUUGCCUGUCAACCAAAAGAAAAGGUAUAUAAUGAAUUAUUGUAACUGGAGGAUUACUUAUUGCGUUUUUAGGACCAAUUGCACAGAUGGUGGCGAGUUGAAGAAACGAGUGAAACUGGUUCUGCAAUUCACGACCACGUCCACUGGCUAGCCUCAACACGAGAGUUCAACAACACGUUAACAGUGUCGCCACUCUUGAGUGAACAAGAUGCUUUGACACUACAUGAACACUUUGUGAACGUAGAGAUCGGUCGUAUAUCGACCGAGAUCAAGCGUGUGUCAAAAGAAGUGACCACAUUUGAAGAAGAAUUAGAAGGUGACAGAAGUUGGCCGAUCGGAGUGCCCGGUCCAGCCAGGCCUCCAAACCGAUGGCAAGUGCCAGUUUGGGAGUACUUCUCGGAGUUGGACAUCUUCAAGAAUGAACCUACUCAGAACUCGAGACCUCUGACCGGGAACGACGCCUUGGAUGUGAGGGAGGUUAUCGAAAUAGCCAGAAAAAAGAUAGAAGUAGACUUGGAAGACGGCUUUGUGGACGCUUCUGAAACAUUCAACCCCGAUCUAAUGGAGUUUGUACAACUAAAACAUGGUUACCGAGUGUUUAACGCCAAGAGAGGCAUGGAGUAUAUAGUAGAUAUGGAGUACAAAUGGCUGACAAGUGAUGACAAACAGCCAUUGAUCAAACGGAUUCAUGUUUGUAGGCCCAUCCACUUCACUGAACUGCUACAUCAGGUGAGUAUAUUGUUUAUACAAGUUGUUUUAAAUUUGCAAUGACACAUUUCAACGCCAUUUUUUGCAUUUUUAGGUGCCUUAUGUGAAGGAAGACACUGAUAUCACGAUGGUUAUACCUAUUCAGUCUGUGGAAGAGGCAGAAGCUGCCCGUUCUCUUCUGAUUCGCCAUAUCAGACUAUGUAUCUCAUCGUCGUCUAUGAUUGACUCUAGACAAACACGUAUUGUUCUGGCUGUAAGGUCAAUACCUGAUGUUACUGUACAUCAACUGGCUGACGAGCUUACUCAUCUGAAGCGCAAGUGUAAGUCGUGGCAGACGGACAUUGCUUUAUUACCAUUGAAGCAACAGAGUCAUGCCAUGAUCGAAGCCGCUGCUUUGGACGAAGCCAUCGAUCAUUUCGGCCAACAAAUGAUUUAUGUUUUGUUGUCGCCUUACGCCGACUACCAACGAGAACUACUCGAUCGGGUCAGGAUUAACACUAUCCGUCAUUUCCAGGUAAAGAAGACUUUGCCAUUUCUAACAACUAAGAUAAUGCAACUUCUUUAGUUUAUUUACGAAUGUAUUGUUUUAGGUAUUCUUCCCGGUGCCAUUCGUCGAGUUCCACCCGUUAGUGGUUAACGCUGAUCGUAUUCUGAAUCUGGCGUUGAAAGAGAAAGAAAAGAAUUCAGUCUUCAACAAUUCUCACAUGAACUUUGACCUUAACAACCAAGAAGCGCUGGAAUCCAGGAUGGCCUAUUUAAGAAACCUUGUACCUCCUACAAUGGUAGCACAGAGACAACUAGUAGUUCACAAAGAUCGGGGAUUCUUCGACACCAACGACUUCAGCGUGGUAUCUCUCUACGGAACCGACUACAUUAAUGCCAGAGCAAAGCUGGCUCAGAAGACAGAUGACGGAGAAACCACCAGGCUUCUAGACCUGUCUGCUAUCUUCCUCGGUCAGACCGAUGUACAUAUGUUGCGGUCAAUAGAGCCCUCCCUCAGGUUACGGUACCAUUCCAGAAAGUGUAGUCCCGACCUUAGUCCGGCUGACAUGGCCAGAUGUCAGCUGAGCCACAAACAAUCUUUCGGGACAAAGUCUCAGCUAGCUAACGUUUUGUUCAGCGACUUACAAGUCAUGCGCGACAUUCCCAUGGCUAGCAUAAUGCAGUAG